AUGGCGGCCGAUGACUUUGUAAUGACUAUCGACUCUGACACAGAGGAUCCAACUCCCUUGCCCGCCAAGGGAGCCAAAUCAAAACAAGCCCCCGUUGCAGAAGACGCACAGCUGAAUCCAGACUUCACCUUCGAUCUUUCUGGCGACCCAUAUGCCGACUUGCUUGACGAGCAUCUAGACGUGCAGGAUCUUGUAAAGAAAGGCUCAAAGCCGGAACCACUGUCAGUUGACGACAUAAUAGAAAGGCGAAGGCUGAAGUCACACGCCGCCAAACGGAGACGUGUGGAAGAGGACGAAGAGGAAGAUACGGAUGCGGAAAGCGAAGGAAAUAGCGGGAGUGGCCAGAGUGACGAUGACGGAGAGGUCGAGGAUGACGAGUUCGCGGCCUUUGGCACUAGCGGAGACGAGGAAGACCCUCUAGCUACUUCCGAUGAAGAAGACGGCGAUGUCAAGGACUCUGAGGGAUCAUCAGGAGACGAGCUGGAAGACGAAAACAUGGCCUCCUCGUCCGAGGACGAGUCUGAUGAGGAGACACAAGCACAAAAAGAGCGGAAAGCCGCUUUCUUCGCGUCCGAUGCCGGACCCUCAGAGGAGCACUCGUCCUUCCUCUCCAUGAACCUAUCUCGCCCAAUCAUCAAAUCCGUCACAACCCUUGGCUUCCACAAACCCACUCCCAUCCAGGCAGCUACCAUCCCCGUCGCUCUCCUCGGGAAGGACGUAGUAGGUAACGCUGUGACGGGUUCCGGGAAGACUGCGGCGUUCAUCAUACCCAUGCUCGAGCGCCUCAUGUACCGCGAUCGAGGGAAGAAAGCUGCGGCCACAAGAUGUCUCAUCCUCGUGCCCACGCGAGAGCUGGGUGUACAAUGUUUCGAGGUCGGCACCAAGCUGGCGGCGCACACUGAUAUUCGGUUUUGUCUCAUCGUCGGUGGUUUAUCCGUGAAGGCGCAAGAGGUGACUCUGCGCACUCGCCCAGAUGUCAUCAUUGCCACCCCCGGUCGUCUCAUUGACCACCUGCGCAACUCGCCAACGUUUUCCCUCGAGGCGCUUGAUAUCCUGGUACUCGACGAAGCGGACCGGAUGUUGUCGGACGGAUUUGCGGACGAACUGACAGAAAUUAUCAAGUCAUGUCCCACAUCACGGCAGACGAUGCUGUUUUCGGCCACCAUGACGGACUCUGUCGACGAGCUAGUGAGAAUGUCACUCAACAAGCCUGUGCGACUGUUCGUUGAUCCGAAGCGCAGCACUGCUCGCGGGCUAGUGCAAGAAUUUGUUCGCGUGCGGUCUGGAAAGGAAAGUGAGAGGUCGGCGAUACUCGUUGCGCUGUGCAAAAGGACGUUCAAGUCCGGCGUUCUCGUGUUCUUUCGGAGCAAGAAGCUUGCGCACCAGAUGCGGGUAGUGUUCAGUCUCUUCAGCAUGAAGUCCGACGAACUGCAUGGCGACCUCAGCCAGGAACAGCGAUUGAGAGCGCUACAGCAAUUUAGAGACGGUGCCGUGGACUUCUUGAUGGCGACUGACCUUGCGUCGCGUGGGUUAGAUAUCAAGGGCAUCGAGACCGUGAUAAAUUACGACAUGCCUUCACAACUCGCACAGUAUCUGCACAGAGUUGGGCGAACAGCGCGUGCCGGCAACAAGGGACGCUCCGUCACCCUCGUGGGUGAAGCAGAUCGUAAGAUGCUGAAAGCUGCCAUCAAGCACGCUACCGCUGAGGACUCAGUACGACAUCGUCAAGUGCCCGCGGAAACCAUCACGAGAUGGGCGAAAAAACUGGACAGUCUCAAGAAGGAAAUUGCUGAAGUUCUUCAAGACGAGAAAGAAGAGAAGCAUCUUCGUCAAGCAGAAAUGGAACUUAGAAAAGGUCAAAAUAUGAUCGAGCACGAAGCGGAGAUCUAUUCUCGACCUGCGAGGACGUGGUUCCAGACGGAAAAAGAGAAAUCAAAAGCUGAAUCUUUGAGCAAGCAGCAGUAUGAGACUGGAACCAGUGAUGCCAAGAAGGGAAAAGAGAAGAAAUUGGACGAUAAGCCCAAGAGAGAUAAGUACGCAGGAUUGACGCGGAAGGCGAAGCGGAGGAAGAUGGCUAUGGAGGAAGACGAGGAGGCCGGUGAGAACGGCGCAAUCCGUGCGGCUGUUCGCUCCGCCAAGAAGGCGGCAAGACCGGUGAAGAUUGGCGAGCCUGAGAGGCGGCCCGCAAACAAGAAACGAGAAAAAGCUAAGGAGCGAAAGCUGAGGGGUAAGGCCUCAAUGCGCAUUGGUGGACAGUUCGACAAGGACUUGGGGCAACGGAAGGUCAAGGAGGGUGUGCGGGCGAAGAAGAGCGAUGCUGUCGGCCGGAUGGGGAAGAAGAAAGGCGGUAAACGCAAGUAG